CAUAACCCCUAAACCCACUCGAUCUGAACCUCUUCCUACAACACCAAACAAAACCCAAGUCAGAUUCACACCCAAAUCUCCCCUCAUUUCCACACAGAGAGAGCAAACAGGAUGAGUAGGAAGAGAGUUUUGAUAGUUGGAGGCACAGGCUACUUGGGACAGCAUGUAUUGCAAGGCUUUUCAGAGAUUCAAGAAACCACUCUUUGUGAUCUGGCAUUUACCCACCACUCAAGUCCUCCUCCCCAAGCUUUGCUCAAUGCGUUUCCUACUGUGCUGCCUUUCUCUGUGGAUUUGAAGACUGGCAUUGGAUUUGAAGCCAUUUCUCAUCAGUUUGGUCCGCCUGAUGUGGUAGUAAACUGUGCUGCACUUUCCGUUCCUCGUGCCUGUGAAAUGGAUCCUGCUGCAGCUAUGUCAGUUAAUGUGCCAUCUUCUCUUGUAAAUUGGUUAUCGAGCUUAGAAGAGAGUAACUAUCUUCUGAUCCAUUUGUCGACUGAUCAAGUUUAUGAAGGGGUGAAGUCCUUUUACAAAGAAGAUGAUGAAGUUGUUCCAGUAAAUGUUUAUGGGAAAUCAAAAGUGGCAGCUGAGCAGUUCAUUACUGAGAAAUGCUCAAACUAUGCAAUUUUGAGAAGCAGUAUCAUCUUUGGGCCACAAACAAUCUCACCGGUUUCAAAAUCUCUUCCAAUUCAGUGGGUUGAUGGUGUCCUCUCCAAAGGAAAUACAACAGAAUUCUUUCAUGAUGAGUUUCGAUGCCCUGUGUAUGUAAAGGAUGUUGUAGGAAUCAUACUUGCUUUGUCUAAGACAUGGAUAUCAGAGGCUAAGCAAAGAAAAUUACUACUGAAUGUUGGUGGACCAGACAGGGUAUCUCGUGUUCAAAUGGCUGAGACGGUUGCUGAUAUAAGGGGAUAUAACCUCUCAUUAAUUAAAUCUGUAUCUGCAUCAUCGGUUGAUCGUGGAGUUAUGUCUCCCGCUGACAUAUCCAUGGACAUAACUAAGCUAGUUCAGACGCUUGGAAUUUCUCCUGUUUCAUUUCGAGAUGGUGUUAGAUUGACGCUUGAACUUUGACCAAGUCUUGAUGCCAUGAAGGUAUUGUAAAUUGCUCCGUAU